AUGGAGUCGAAGAGUCCGCUGCCUGAGGUGAUGGAGCCGGCUGGAUGUUGCAGGGUCAGCGCCAGGCGAGUGUUCCACAGGCACAAGCAGCAGCUGAUGAGGAAGCUGAGACUGCCGCGGAUCCUGGCCUUCUCCCUGGGCGUGCUGGCCCUCUGCUCUUUCUCUCUCCUCUUCAGUGCCUUCGCCUGCACGCCAGCCAACCCUGGAAGCCCCCCGCUCAAACGUAGAACUCUGCUGGGUUUCGAGGAGAAACCAAGAUUUUCCAAGCUUCAGAAUCUCACCCCCAAAUCCGACUUUGCUUUGAAGUACCAAGUGCGGGCGCCCAUGACAUCUUUCAAUAAUGGAACCCAAGGUGGGGACUAUCCUCACGAUAUCAUUUCGCUGGCCCAGAGAAGGAAAGGACUUGUGAUACUACAUGUCCUAGGCAUGAUUUAUAUGUUCGUAGCCUUAGCUAUAGUAUGUGAUGAAUUUUUUGUACCCUCAUUGACAAUUAUUACUGAUAAACUGCAAAUAUCUGAUGAUGUGGCAGGGGCAACUUUCAUGGCUGCUGGUGGGUCAGCCCCAGAACUCUUCACGUCUUUAAUAGGAGUUUUCAUAUCUCACAGCAAUGUUGGGAUUGGGACGAUAGUGGGCUCUGCUGUCUUCAACAUCCUCUUUGUCAUUGGGAUGUGCGCUCUAUUCUCUAAACAAAUCUUGCGCCUCACCUGGUGGCCACUGUUCCGAGAUGUGUCCUUUUAUAUUAUUGACCUGAUUUUGCUUAUACUUUUCUUCCGGAGUAAUACCAUCGUUUGGUGGGAGAGUGUAAUUUUGUUGUCAGCCUAUGGAACCUAUGUGGUCUUCAUGAAGUUCAACGUUGUGCUGGAACGAUGGGUCAAAAAGAAAUUAACCAGGAACAAAGUGGUGGAGGCAACAGCAACAGAAUGUGAUGAAAAGCCCAAGCCACGUCUUCAGCGAGGUGGGAGCUCAGCUUCUCUGCACAACACUCUCAUGAGGAACAGCAUCUUUCAGCUAAUGAUCAACACUCUGGAUCCACUUGCUGAAGGUAAAUUCCAUCACAGAGCAUCAAUUCUUCACAAACUAGCCAAAAACAAAUGUCAAGUAGAUGAUGGUGAAAAACCCAAUGUGACUACUAAUCAUGGAGAUAAAGUAGAGCUGCCAAAUACAGCCAAUGUAGAGGUUGAAGUGACACCUCCAAAGGAUUCUCCCCCAGCAGUGCAGAAUGGAAGCCUUCCCAAUGGAGCAGAAGUUGGAGCAGGACAGGCUGAAGCGUCCAGAGAGAAUGAAGACGAAGACCAGCCACUUAGCUUGGCUUGGCCAGAUACACCUCUGAAACGAUUAAUCUAUUUAAUUGUAAUCCCUAUCGUCCUUUUACUGUGGAUCACCUUGCCUGAUGUCAGAAAAAAAAGACUACGGAAGUAUUUUAUACUCACCUUCUUUGGGUCAAUCAUGUGGAUUGGGGGCUUUUCCUAUCUAAUGGUCUGGUGGGCACAUCAGGUUGGGGAGACAAUUGGGAUCUCUGAGGAGAUUAUGGGAUUGACAAUUUUAGCUGCAGGUACUUCUAUUCCCGACCUCAUCACAAGUGUGAUUGUAGCACGGAAGGGACUUGGCGAUAUGGCAGUGUCCAGCUCAGUUGGAAGCAAUAUAUUUGAUAUUACAGUUGGCCUACCCUUGCCAUGGCUCCUGCACGCCUUUAUUAAUAACUUCACCCCAAUCAAAGUCAGCAGCAAUGGCCUGUUCUGUUCAAUUGUUCUUCUCUUCAUCAUGCUUCUUUUCGUCAUCCUGUCGAUUGGGGCCUGCAAGUGGAAAAUGAACAAAAUUCUUGGACUGACCAUGUUUGUACUCUAUGUUGCUUUUCUGGUUAUGGCCGUUCUGCUGGAGGAGAAGGUCUUGAUCUGUCCAAAGACAAGUGGAUCUUCGUGACUCUACUCCUUUCCUUCUGAGGUACUGAUGGGAAAAUUGACUCAUCCUGCCUGCUGCAGCUUUGUUUUUGUUUUGAGAUUGGCUCAGCUGGCCUUGCAGUUAAAUGGGGAAUGAGAACGUAAUGCUAAACAAUAACAACUGUAUUUUUUGCUUGAUUAAUUUUCUGUUCUCAUUUCAAGCAAAUGAAUAAAGUUGAUGUUUGCAUCUGUGGCAUUCCUGAUUGGAGAGAUUGACUCUGGGAUUUUUCUCUGGGUUAAUCUAAUGUCUAUGGGAAGACCACUGCCCAAGUUGGU